CCGGGAAAGUGAGACCAUUGAAUCGUCGUCGACUGUCAAAGAGACACGCGUUCCUCGUACGACAACAUGAAGUUCUAUCUGACUCUUCUUAUACUCGCCCUCGUGGCCAUUAUUCACCAUCCAACCGCUGCGAACAGCGUGUGUCCGCAAGAAAAUUGUCUGGAUCUAUCGAAAUGCGAUGAUUUAGUCGUUGGUGGAACGUGUCCACAAUCUACUGAUUCUUGUUGCAGUGUUGUUAAAAUGGAGCACAGAACUCACUGCCGUCAUUUCGGGGGCGAAUGCCUGGACUCUUGCGCUCAAACUUUGCAACACACAGUGGUCGAUUGUUCAGCGGACAAAGUCUGUUGCACGUUAGUCUAAACGAACAAAGAAUGUCUCUGUAUUUCUAUCUGUGUAGCGUUUAACAUAAGCGAUUAGUUUAUGGCAUAGGAUGUUCGUUUACGACUUGCAUGGAAUAUCGUAGUACGAUAGAAAAGCAAUUUAAUUGGUUUUACAAUUACAACGGUAAACGGCUGUUCGCGUACCCGUAUGGUGAAUGAAAAAUCGUACCCGCCUGGAGAUAAUUGCACGGGGCACUGUCACGGAUGUGGGACUCGUAAAAAUUGCCACCAAUGUUAACAUCGUUAUUCGCAUAAACGAUUCCUGCGUUUAUUUCAACAGCCGGAAGAUUUGUGUGUACGAGUGUGUGAUUAUCGAUGUUCGGUGAGGAUAAAUAGUAUUUAUAAUAAAAUGAUUAAUGGGUAACGUGAAA